AUGGCUCAAGUUGUGCGUGAAGAUGCAAAAUUCAAUCCGGACAAUCCUCGAAAAUUGGGAUAUUUCAUCUGUCAAAUGAGAGAACUUUUUCUGGAAUCAAAUCCAAACUUAACUGGAAAUGAACAGGAUCGAAUGCACACAAUCCUGCGUAGCAUCGUGAAAGCAUCAAUUCAUGACACUGCCAAAUUCAUAGAUGACAUCAAUUCGGAAGUUUAUCAUACCAAACAAGAGAGUAUAGAAUCGAUGCAUGAAUUCAGGAGAGAACUUCAACAUUUCAUUGAAAGAUUGGAAAAGAAAACUCAUAAAAACUUCAAUUUUACCCAUGAGAUGUACCGCUUGAGGGUAAUGUUCCUUGACUUGAAAUGUGCAAUAAGCAUUAAGAAAAACGAAUUUUUGGAUUUACAUGAAACCUACAACAAACAAAGAUCGAGAAUCAUUUGUGACUCUUGGAAAACUGAUAUAGAAUAUAAAGGUCAUAUACGAAGAAGCGAACAUUUUCAAACGGAGGUCUGGAUUAUGUUGAAAUCUCUUAAGACUCAAUUUUGA